AGUUGUCUCUCCAUUGGGUUCUGCUUUUAGUUUUAGGAGGAUUAUAUUGCACAGUCUCACUCGUCAUUAAGGGCUACUGAAAAUCUGAGCGGGUGCGUAAAAAUGAGAGCUUUAAGAAUCCUCACUGGGUUCGCUCAUUCAAUCAGCAGAAACAGAAGCAGUCCAAUUUCUUCAGUCGUUGGAGUAAAAUGUCCCUUGCUGUUUCGAGCCUUGUCAACAGUGUCAAAUGAGGAUCCAGAACUCAAGGAAAUGCUUGAUUUCAUAGACAACCUCAAGAACUACGAGAAAUCAGGGGUACCCAAAGGCGCCGGGACGGAUUCCGGCCACGGGUUCGAUCUGGGUAGAAUGAGGCGCCUAAUGGCUCUUCUGGGUAACCCUCAUUCAACGUUCAAGGUUUUUCAUAUUGCGGGCACUAAAGGAAAAGGAUCAACUGCUGCAUUUCUCUCUAGCGUAUUAAGAGCAGAAGGCUACUCUGUGGGUUGCUAUACUAGUCCGCACAUAAAAACAAUUAGGGAACGUAUAACAUUGGGAAGACAUGGCGAACCAGUGUGCGCUAAGGUAUUGAAUGGUCAUUUUCAAAUGGUGAGGAGAGUUCUUGAGAGAGCGGUGGAACUUGAAAACGGAUGUCUUAGUCAUUUUGAGGUUUUCACUGCUAUUGCUUUCAGUCUGUUUUCUCAAGAGAAUAUUGAAAUUGCAGUUGUGGAGGCUGGGUUGGGUGGGGCAAGAGAUGCUACUAAUGUAAUUAGCGGCUCCAGUCUUGUCGCGUCAAUAAUAACAACAAUUGGCGAGGAACACUUGGAUGCUUUAGGGGGUUCCUUGGAAAGUAUUGCAGUUGCAAAAUCAGGGAUAGUCAAAGAUGGCCAUCCAUUAGUUCUAGGGGGACCGUUCCUUCCACAUAUUGAGCAAAUUCUCCGGGAUAAAGCAAAUUCGGUGUCUUCACCUGUAGUAUCAGUUUCUGAUCCCGGAAAUAAGAGUUUUCUCAAAAGAUUGAGUCAAACAUGUGGCAUAACUCACCAAGUGUGUGACAUUUUGCUCCACAUUGAUGGAGACCUUCCUCUGUCGGUUGAGUUAUUUGAUGUGAGGCUACGCAUGCUCGGUUCCCACCAACUUAGAAAUGCAGUGACAGCUGUUUGUGCAGCACUAUGCCUCCAUAACAAAGGAUGGAGGUUGUCUGACGCAUCCAUUCGUGCUGGUUUAGAAUGUGCAAUUUUGCCGGGCAGAAGUCAAAUUUUAACUUCAAAAGAAGCUGAAAGACUAGGGCUGCCUCAUCAUAUAAACGUAGUGCUAGACGGAGCACAUACGAAGGAAUCUGCGAGAGCUUUGGCUGAGACAGUGAAAAUGGCACUCCCAAAGAAACGACUAGUUUUAGUAGUUGCUAUGGCAAAUGACAAAGAUCACCUUGGUUUUGCAAGAGAGUUACUGUUAUCAGUUGAUGGUUUGGAAGCUGUGUUUCUUACAGAAGUCUCCAUUGCUGGAGACAGAUCGCGAACCACUUCUGCGUCUUAUUUAAAAGAUGUUUGGGUUAAAGCUUCAAAGGAACUGGACAUUAAUGUCGUUCUUGAUCACGAAGAAGACGACGCAGAGUGCAAUUUGUCAAAGGAGGAUCAUCAUCAGUCAAGACAAAUAUUACUCAGUGAAGGGCCACUAAUGGCUUCUUUGAGAUAUGGGUCUUUGGUUCUGAAUGAAAGGGAUGGAAAUUCUUCCACCGGAGUCGUGUUGGUCACCGGGUCUUUGCAUGUCGUUUCAGCUCUACUGAGUAUGAUUUCCGACCAACAAAGAUGAGAAGUGUCUAUUUCGAUCACUUCUUUUUUAGGGUUGUGUUACGGUCACACCAUGACAAAAUUGACACCAAUCUCACGGAAUCGACGCCUAUGUCACAGACACUAAGUGUUUGUGUGUGAUGUUGUCAUCUACCCUUCACAUUGAGACAUGGACCAUGAAACUAAUUGGGAUGUGAGUCCUUUUAGCAUUGCAAUAAUGUCUUAAUUUUGGUAACAUGUCUCCAUUGCAAGGCUACUUUUUCCCUACUAUGGUAGUUAUGUUGUAGGACAUACUUUAUAAUUAUUUAAUACCGGGGGAUUUAUCAAUCAAAUUACUACCUCUGU